UGCAGAGGCGUUUACGAACGAGACUCUAACGAAACGGCCCGAUCUCGAACGCGAUGCCGGUGCUCAUUCGCAGUGUAUUAACCUACGCAAUUUUAGUGCUGUUAUACCCGUUCGGCAUCGAGACACAGCAGUACGAUCAAGGCGAUGCGUGCGAAACGAACAAAGGACUGUCCGGAAGGUGCGAGCUCCUUCAGGAAUGUCCUUCCGUCUAUCGUGACACGCUGGCCGGUAUUUUACCCGACAAGCUCUGUGGCUUUUUGGGUUUCGAUCCCAUAGUGUGCUGCCCCUCGGCGUCUUCGCAGACAGCGGCGACAAGCGCCACCACUGCGAGCGUCAGAAGUGACGACAGAAGAACGCCAUCGUGGGUUAUAGAAGAGGAUACAGAAAGGAAUUUCGAGACCGCAAUUGUAGGGCGUCUGGGCAGACAGAAAUGCAGAGAGUACGCAAAAUCGGUAUUUGCGGUUGUCAAGCCACCUACUCUUUCGAUAUCACAAAGCUCGGUAAACAUUUCUCUAUGCGCGAUCAAGUUCAAGGCGCUCGUAGUGGGAGGAACCAAAGCGGAUCCGAAAGAGUUCCCUCACAUGGCGGCUGUGGGCUUUGACUCUGAGUCGAGUUCGAACGGACAGCCUGUCUGGCUCUGCGGUGGGACGCUCGUUUCCGAUCGGUUCGUCCUGACCGCGGCUCACUGCACUUUCUCCCUUCAAUAUGGAAACGCGGCUUGGGUCAGAGUGGGUGAUUUGAAUCUCGCGACGGACGAUGACGACGCCCGACCGCAGACGCUUCGUGUUACGGAAAGAAUUCGUCAUCCGGAUUACAAGAGACCCGCCGAGUACCACGACCUCGCGCUCCUCAGGCUCGAAUCGAGAGUCGUAUUCGACGCUUUCACGAGACCGGCUUGUUUACCGAGCCCCGAGCUCGAUGUAGGCGCCGCGAACGAGGAAGGACAGCGAGUCAUUGCCGCCGGUUGGGGUCGCGUCAAUUGGGCUGAUGAAGAUGGCUCGAACAAUCUUCUCAAAGUCACUCUGGAAAGGGUUUCUCAGGAGACUUGCAACGCCAGUUAUUUCAGCGAUGGAACCAUCGAUUAUAAACUCCGACGCGGCAUCGUCGGCGAGUGGCAAAUCUGUGCCGGUGCAGAAGGACGUGACACUUGCCAGGGCGACAGCGGUGGACCCAUCGUCGUAUUCGAUCCGGAGCACGAAUGCAUGUACGACGUUGUCGGGAUAACGAGUCUCGGGAGAUUGUGCGGCAGCAACGUGCCCGGUAUAUAUACUCGAGUCCACAAUUAUUUAUCUUGGUUGGAAAACACCAUAUGGCGUUAACAUUUUUUUGAGCUUGUACGAUUCGUGCCAGAAUCCUACCAGACCUCCGUGCAAUUCAAACAACGCAAACGCCAUGCGAUAAAAAUAUUAAUUUUAUGAUGUUCGAUGUAUAAUAGCAUUCUAUUUUUCGCCACGGAUAUGUGUGUUUGCAAAAAUAACUGAAAUUUUGUGAUAGACUCUCACAGAGCCGAAGACGAUUGCCAAUGUUAUCAUUUUUUCGUUGCCUAACCAAAAGUACAAUUUUCUUUUUGGAUAAAAUACAAAUUUUUCUAAUAAAUCUCCAAAGAAUAUUUUUGGAUAUACGGCAGUCUUAUACGAUAAGAAAUCUGGACGAAAAUUUCUAUAAAAUACUCGUAAAGAUGCUGCAAAACAUUUUUAAUAUCGUAAUAAGAAUAAUGCAUCUGUGGAUGAGUGUUGAGUGCCAACAGGAAAACAGUAUAUGUAUGAAGGACGAAAUGAUUUUAAUAAAAACGUGUAUAUCUUUUA